CUUGUGUUACCUCGUAUAAACACAUAUAUAGAAGUAUAUAGAGGUCUGAAUGUCUUAACACUCACUGGUUUGCACGAGCCCGUGCUGAGAUGCCACACUCAACCUCCUCACACAAGAGAAGUCAACUGAAAAAAAUUGGUCCUGACAGCCGCUCUCCUCUGUGAGGAACAGGGUAGUAGCAGGAGCGAGAGAGUGAGGAGUGGGAGGAGGGAGUGAGAGUCUGAGAGAGGGAGAGAGAGGGGGAGAGAGAGACUUGUGCAUUGAAAGCCAGCCUCAGCCUCUGUUGUGGUAAGCAAGCAAAGGAAGGCGUUUAAGCAGAGGACUUUAAACCCACAGCCGCAACUCUGGUCACCACUGUAGAGACCCCCGAAAUCAGAGGACAAGGCAGUAUGGAAGAGGACAUGGAUGAGGGACAGACCCAGAAGGGAUGUGCGGAGUGUUGUCUGAAAUGUUUAGGAGGAAUCCCUUAUCCAUCCCUGAUUGCCACCAUCCUGCUGUAUGCUGGAGUGGCGCUCUUCUGUGGAUGUGGGCAUGAAGCUCUUUCUGGGACGGUCACCAUCCUCCAGAACUACUUUGAGGUGAUCAAGGGACCUGGAGAUGGUCUGGAUGUGUUUACAAUCAUUGACAUUAUCAAGUAUGUGAUCUAUGGCAUUGCCUCUGCAUUCUUCGUCUAUGGCAUUCUUCUGAUGGUCGAAGGCUUCUUUACCAGUGGGGCCAUCAAGGACCUGUAUGGAGACUUCAAGAUCACCACCUGUGGGCGCUGUGUCAGUGCAUGGUUCAUCAUGUUGACGUACAUCUUCAUGUUGGCUUGGCUGGGUGUGACAGCAUUCACUUCGUUGCCUGUCUUCAUGUAUUUCAACAUCUGGACCAUUUGCCAAAACAUGACCGUUCUGGAGGGAGCGAGUUUAUGUCUUGACCCGCGCCAGUUUGGUGUCGUGCCCAUUGGAGAGGAGAAGACUGUAUGUGCAGGAUCAGAGAAGUUCUACAAAAUGUGCGAAUCGAAUGAGCUGGAUAUGACUUUCCAUUUGUUUGUGUGUGCGUUGGCUGGGGCUGGAGCUGCAGUCAUUGCCAUGAUCCAUUACCUGAUGGUGCUGUCUGCCAACUGGGCCUAUGUGAAGGAUGCGUGUAAAAUGCAGAAAUACGAGGACUGCAAGUCCAAGGAGGAGCAGGAGCUGCAUGACAUCCACUCUACACGCUCCAAGGAACGGCUCAAUGCCUACACAUAAGACAGGAAGCAGCAGUGAGGGCGAGAGUGCUUUCACUUCCUGUUGAAGGGAGUUUUGGCACUGGUGCAGUCCAGGUGGUGUGUCGUAUGAUCAACCCCAUGGCCAACCCAUUACCUCUCACACAAACAUUAAUAUUAUUAUUAUUAGUGCUAGCAGUAGUGUUUUAGUUUUUUCACAUUAUUGUAUUACAUUUUUUUUUUUUUUUUUUUUGCUGGUUCUUUGUGUUUAAAAGGUGUUUUUAAAGAGAAAUAUAUAUAUAUAUAUAU